AUGCGAAUUGGAAAGUCGAUCUUCUACGCUUAUUUCUUGGAACGGUUCAGGAAGGCCAACCCAUCCUGGACUAUUAUUGCGUCAGCGCAUACUCCGACAGGGAAAGUCGAAUCGCUGGCUGUGUUUGAACCUGGUGAGGAAGCCAAGCACUAUCAGAAAUUACUUUGGCUGUGCGAUGGACCGCCAAAGGUAGCAUUCCGCCAAACAGUUGUGUUUACAAACCCAAACGAGAGAUGGCUGAAGCGAGUAAGAAAAACACUUUGCACUUACUACAUGCCUCCCUGGAGCCUUAAAGAGCUGCAACUAGCUGCUUCCGUUCUGGAAUACCCCAUUAGUGAUGAUGAGAUGGAAGAACGAUUCUGGAAUUUUGGUGGAAUUACUGACCGUGGACAUCUCGAAAACCUGCUUAUGAAUCGGGAAAACACGAUUGCGAACCACCGUUUCUUGCACUACGAGCCUGUUGAUGAUGGAAGGUCAGUAGAAACGAAACUCGUGUCCGAAAUGGUAAGCAAAAGGUUUUCGGAGCGACUGCUGGGCGUAAUAGAGGGCAGAAUGAAUGAAGUCAAGGCAUUGCUUGAUGGCAUACCCCCCGCUGCUUCGCUUAGAGGAUCCAUCGGAGUGAUCCCGCUGAUAACUUUGAGCACAGCGCGUUGUCUUCUUUGCUACUGA